AGAGGAGUUAAAAAAAGCUCCGCUGUCCCUUUUUGAUCUGCGGCACCAGAACGGAAGCACUUCAUUGGUCCGCGAGGCCAGGCUCAGCGGUUACCAAACAGCAAGAUGGCACACCGACUCCUAGCACGCAGAAUCUGGACGCUCUCAGUGAAAGACGUCCGCUGCCUCCCGUCAUCCGCCGUCACCUCAUCUUCGUUUUCCACCUCCCUUCAUCCUGUCUCAAGCCGAGCGUCCUUCCUCGCCCCGUCUCGAACGCCUGCCGUUACCCACGCCGUCCGCCGGGCGGUCUCCUUCAACGUUCAGGACAACGAGGACUUCACGGAGAGGGUCAUCAACAGCGACCUGCCCGUGUUGGUCGACUUUCACGCACAGUGGUGUGGUCCCUGUAAGAUCCUCGGGCCGAGGUUGGAGAAGGCCGUUGCAAAACAGAAAGGCCGCGUCGCCAUGGCAAAAGUUGACAUCGACGAUCACACAGACUUGGCUAUUGAGUACGGGGUGUCUGCUGUUCCUACAGUCAUCGCCAUGAGGGGAGGAGACGUCGUCGACCGCUUUGUGGGGAUCAAAGAUGAUGAUCAGCUGGACUCAUUUGUCUGCAAAGUCAUUGGACAAUAAGCCGGCAGUCCCCCCACCUAGCUGUACACCAUCAUUAUGGUGCUGUUACCUAAGAUCAUGGCAUGUCAGGCAGGCAGUGCCGCAGUCCUACUUGGCCAACUCUUUAGCGCUCACACUCGUCUCUAGACAAUCUGCUUCGGCUGUGGAUUGUUGUUUCGGUCUUUUUCUCUUUUUUCUUG